AUCAUACUUGGGCUAAGCCCAGUUUAUAUUUCAGUCGGCCCAAUAAGUGAGUGACUAAUCCUUUCGUUCCUAAAAAUCUCUCCACCGAUCAAGAACUUCUUCUUCACCGCCAAAAAUGGCUUCGUCAUCGAGAAAGUACGAGACACGAAAGCGAGACCCAAAUCCAAAAACCGCAGCUCUUCUCGUUAUCGAUAUGCAGAAUUACUUCUCCUCCAUGGCCAAACCCAUCCUCAACAACGCUCUCACCACCAUCGAACUCUGCCGAGGCGCUUCAAUCCCCGUAUUCUUCACGCGCCACAACCACAAAUCCCCAACCGAUCACGGCAUGCUCGGCGAGUGGUGGAACGGCGAUCUCAUCCUCGACGGAACCACCGAUUCCGAAAUCAUCCCGGAGAUCCAGAUACUCACCAAACCAGAAGAGAUCGUGGAGAAGAGCACGUACAGCGCGUUUAACAACACGCGCCUCCAUGAAAAGCUGGACAAGAUCGGGGUUAAGGAGGUGAUCGUGAUUGGAGUGAUGACGAACCUGUGCUGUGAGACGACGGCGCGUGAAGCGUUUGUUAAAGGGUUUAGGGUUUUUUUCUCGACGGACGCGACUGCGACGGUUAAUGAAGAGCUUCACGAGGCCACUCUAAUGAAUCUUGCUUAUGGCUUCGCUUAUCUCGUCGACUGCGAUAGUCUCCGGCGAGGUCUACUCAGUAAUAAAUAAAUGAUAACUACACCUUUUGUCAUUUCGUUUUCUGUGUGUGAGUGUGUAGUUAAGUAACAAUAUUUUCUUGUUCAUAUUUUCUUCUAUUACGUUGAUCGGUUGAUGUAAGUGAUAGCUUUAUUUUGUUGUUUCUUUGUAAGUUUGUUAACUAUUAUUAUCAAAUAAAGAAAAUGUAUGCAGAUUUUAAUAAACUAACCAGAUUUCU